AUGUCUUCUGCUUACACUCCUCAAGCUGGCUACAGUUCUGCUCAACCUCGACAGAUUCCUGUCCACACAGUGCCAACACCGUCAGCACAUUACCAAUACCGACAACCAGCACCACCCCCGCAACCACCGCAACAGCAGAGCGGCCACCAGUAUCCUGGCGCUUCUGAAGCUCGAGAGAUCCCAAUCCAACACAUUGGCAGCAAUUCACAACCGGCAGAGCCACCUCGGCCACAUUACACGACACACUUCCAGCAUACACCAGCAUUCAACUACCCUCACUUCCAGGGUCAGCCUCACCCGACAAGUACUAUGCCCCACCGCCAACAGCAGCCAGCAUCACCACAGCAACAACAGCCGCCACCAACACAGCAUCAGCAGCAGCAGCAACACCCACAUCCUCAGCAUCCGUUUAAUUAUCAACAUGGACAACAACCAGCCGGUUUCCAAGGGUCAUGGACCAGUAGUCCGUCUCAUCAAGCUGGAGGUCAAAACACUGGGGAACGUGUCAUACCGAUUGUUCGCCAUUCUGACAGCCCUGGCGCUGGAAGUCCGCAAACAGCAAGGAAGCCGCCGACUCAGCAACCGCCCAACCAAGGGGAAAAGGUAAAGAAAAUCAAGAAUAUACAUAAUGGUGGAAAUUUCAUUGCUGUAGGCUACAAGUUUGGUGCCCAUGGAUCUACCAUUUGUUCCUUUUACGAAGUCACUCACCUUCAUACAAUGCACCAUUCAGAAUUGAACUCAUGA